CAACGCGUGGUGUGCUAAAUCCCAGCUUCCACGUAAGAGAAGAACCCCGUAUUCCGUGACACACACUGGUCGCAACACUCAAAACCUCAAACCAAAACCCGUUACCGACCGCCACGUCAUUUUACCAAAUCCCGUUUAAACCCCCUCUCUCUCUCUCUCAUACUCACGCACACAAACUCUGUUCAAAUCGAAUCUCACUCCGUUUUCCAUUUCCUUCUUCAACAUUUCUCUCUGAAAUCUAGGGCACAAAAAUCUAGCUCCGCAAGACUAGUAGCAACCAUGAAUAUCUUCAGGUUCGCCGGUGAUAUGACGCACUUGAUCAGUAUUCUCGUCCUUCUUCUCAAAAUCUACGCUACCAAAUCUUGCUCAGGGAUUUCGCGAAAGACUCAGGAGCUUUAUGCGUUGGUGUUCCUGGCGCGGUAUGUGGACAUUUUCACGGAGUUUAUCUCCGUCUAUAACACCAUAAUGAAGAUCGUGUUCAUAGCGAGCACACUCGCGAUUGUGUGGUGCAUGAGGGGGCACCGGGUGGUUAGGCGUUCGUAUGAUAAGGAGCUUGACACGUUCCGCCAUUAUUUUCUUAUUGCUGCAAGCCUUGUUUUGGCGCUUCUUGUGCAUGAGAAGUUUACGUUUCAAGAGAUCUUAUGGGCAUUUUCAAUAUAUUUGGAGGCAGUUGCAAUUCUUCCCCAGUUAGUUUUGCUACAACGAAGUGGAAAUGUUGACAAUUUAACUGGCCAAUAUGUUUUCUUUCUUGGGGCAUAUCGUGGGCUCUACAUCCUCAACUGGAUAUACCGCUAUUUCACAGAGCCGCAUUUCAGUCGAUGGAUAGCUUGCGUCUCUGGUCUUGUUCAGACAGCUUUAUAUGCAGAUUUCUUUUACUACUACUUUCUUAGCUGGAAAAACAAUGCAAAGCUAAAGCUGCCUGCUUGAGCCAAGCAUGGAUUUUUGAAAAUUUGAAGCUUGUUCAGCCAAGUUGUUGUUUGGUACUCCUUUUGCACAGAACCAUUGGUAAAUUGACUUGUAGCGUGCAAGAGGAAGGGAUACAAGUUUCAUAGUUUUGAAUUUAAACCCAUAUCAAUGGGGGAAAAAUUUAGUGGGUUUGGGCGGAAAAACCCACGUCUUAUAGGCAAUUGUAUAUCAGAUUAAACACACCAUGUUCUUAUGUGGUGAUGGUUUCUUGAGUGUCUUGUCUUAAAGAUUUACUGGGAGGACAAAAUUGCGUAGUUGGCUAGUAUCAUAAAUGGAUGUUUAGUGCAGAUAUAGUUAUUCUUUUUAUUUGUAUUAUCAUUAUCAAAUUAACAUGUUUUUUUA